CGGGUUUUGCGAGCCUCUCCCCGCCGCAGUGGGAGGAAGUUAAACCACAAAGCAAGCAGUGCCACUAGUGCUAGCAAGAAAAACACAGAAAAUACACAGAGGAAGAAGGACUUCAACCAAAAGAACAUGUGCCAUAUUGGAGCUGGGAAACGAGCAGCUUAACCGAAAAGGAGCGGACAGCGUCGGCUGGCGAAAACGCUCCAGGGAGGCAGCGGACGGAGCUACGUUUCUUAGCCGGAGAGUGCGCUCUCCAGCUCGGAUAGCCUGGCGGGCAGGAGUCGCUCGGAGCUGGCGGAACGCGACGCUCGGCUCCCCUCGUUUUUUUUAUUUGCCAAAAUCGACCUGCGUGCGGUCGAUAUACGACAACCAUCCAACCAGCACGGUGUCGUGUUGCGUGCUUGAGGCAACACAUGGUGGUCAAAGGUGCUGUCGUGUCAUUUAAUUCCAGUUUUUUACGCCGAAGAGGGACAAGUUUAACAAGCUGAAAGUAACCACCAUCUCCCGGCGCUCCCUCCCCCUCCUCCACGGCCAGCGUCACCAUCAGCCCACCGUCAGUAGCUCUCUGCUGGGUCUCCCCCCCCCCCUCUCCUCCCCUAUACUCGGGGUAACUCAACAACAAACUAUGGAUUAUCGUGUGUGAUUUCAUCUUGGUUUUUAACAACCGUUUGACUCUCUUUUCUGGCUUUUUUUGGGGGGAGGGGAGGGGGGGUUGGUGUCGGAAACGCUGCAAGACUUCCCCAAAUACGAGCGGACUCGCCGCCGUUAGCUUGUUGACUCAACCUGAAACCGAGCCUGUGUUGCAGUGAAGUCCGCCAGCCAGUGACUAGGGUGUUUUUUUUUUUUUUAUGCAUCUGCUGAAGUGAAUUAAUCUCAACUUAGAUGCAUUUAUGGAUGUUAUUCGAUAGUUAGCCUUCUGGCUAGCAGGUUUCGCAUCGCUAGCAGCUAGCGCGGCGGCUAACCGACUAGCAGACGAACCCGAAAUAUCGAUUUCCCCAGCAGGCUAGAACAAGUCAGCGUCGUGGAUGUGGCUCGUGAUUAGUCACUGACACCCAUUAGUUUAGGCUUGACCUCCUUAAGGGGGUUUUAAAUGACAUAUUUUAGGGCGACGUUUGAUUUGGGAUUGACUGAGGAACGUGAGACAGGAAGCGAGGCGGCAACGUAAACAACAACGGCGGCGUUAAGGGGUUUUAACCUGUGCUCGCGUUGGGUCCAUUUGUGCCAAAUACGCGUCUCACAGAUGUGCAUUUUGUCGGUGCAUCAAUUGAGACUUUAAGGAGGACGAAGAAGCAUCUUGAUGGUACACAUUUCAACCUGUCGCCUCCCUCCUUCAUCCCCCUUUUUUUCGACGGACGUUUGAGACGAGGAGGACUACACGUGUCCCUGCUGCCGUGUCCCUGCUGGCUGUCUAAACACAGGAGGACACAGUCACAUUUCCACUCUGCAGACACUUAAAAUACAACUUUCUUUCCACGACAGCACAGUUGUUGUUUUUUUACAUUUUAAGGAAGGAAGUGGGGUUGGGGGGGGGGGAGGCUGAAACACAUGCCAACCACUGGAGACAAACCAGUCGUUUUGGACACAUUUCAAUCAAUAGGGACCAAAGAGCAGUCCCCUGUAGGAUUUGACAGCUGCUGUCUCCAGCUCCAGCAUCUGGUCUGUUGGACCCACAUCUCUCCGAGACGGAUCGCAUCGCAUUUCCCCGUCAGAAACCUUGCAGGUUUUUUUUCUUUCUCUGCACUAAAUGGGAUUACAAGGCCGGUGAUUUAGCCCCUUGCUGACUGUACUUCUCGAGCAACCUGUCCCCCCAAUGUCUCGCCUUUUGAAUUUCCCCUUUUCUGUCCCAAUGGUGGUAGUUUGAGGGGCGAACUGUGCGGACUACAAGCCCGGAGACAGCGACACGAUUCCAGUCGAUGGUCAGCCCCCCCACCACCCCCGCCGCUGUCACAAACCUUUGGCGCUUGAUGGUGGUCAUAUCUGGCGGAGGACAUUGCUUUUUUUUUUUGUAAUUCCCUAAAAUAAAAAGAAGGCCCCCCCCCCCCCCACACACAUCCAGCCCCGGUUAUUCUAUUGAUUUGGUCCUCCCAGGGUCGAAAGAUGGCGGACCUCGAAGCAGUGCUCGCCGAUGUCAGUUAUUUGAUGGCGAUGGAGAAGAGCAAAUCUACCCCAGCGGCCCGGGCGAGCAAGAAGAUCAUCCUGCCUGAACCCAG